GGGAGACAAGCCAUGGCUGACAAAGUCCUGAGGGAGAAGAGGAAGCCAUUUAUUCACGCGGUGGGCACAGGAACCAUAAAUGGCUUGCUGGAUGAAUGCCUAGAAAAAAGAGUACUGAACCAGGAAGAGAUGGAGAAAAUAAAGGUUGGAAAUGCCACAGUCAUGGACAAGGCACGAGACUUGAUUGACUCGGUCAUCCGGAAAGGGCCCCAAGCAUGCCAAAUUUGUAUCACUUACAUUUGUGAAGAAGAUUGCCACCUAGCAGGGACUCUGGGGCUGCCCUCAGGUACACAAACUGAAAAUUACCUUAGCACACAAGAUUCCAAAGAAGCACUUCGUUUCUCAGCACCCAAGGAAGAGCAGAGCAAGAAAAAUAGAACAGCCCUGAAACUAGAAGGGAACCUCAAGCUUUGCUCCUUGGAUACAGCUAAAAGGAUAUGGAAGGAAAAGUCAUCGGAGAUUUAUCCAAUCAUGGAUAAGAAUACACGCACCCGUCUUGCCCUCAUCAUCUGCAACACAGAAUUUGACCAUCUUCCCCGGAGGGCAGGAGCUGAUGUUGAUAUCAGGGAUAUGAAGAUUCUACUCCAAGAUUUAGGAUACAUAGUGGAUGUGAAAGAAAAUCUCAAUGCUUUGGAUAUGGCUACAGAAGUGAAGGCAUUUGCUGCCCGCCGGGAGCACCUGACCUCUGACAGUACUUUUGUCGUUUUCAUGUCUCACGGUAUCCGGGAGGGUAUAUGUGGGAUCAAAUACUCUGAGGAAGUCACAGAUGUAUUAGAUGUCAACACCAUCUUUCAAAUGUUGAACACGUACAACUGUCCAAACUUGAAAGAUAAGCCCAAGGUGAUCAUCAUUCAGGCCUGUCGUGGUGAAAACCAAGGAGUGGUGUGGUUGAAGGAUUCAGUAGGAGACUCUGGAAAUAAAUUCUCACUGGAUCUAGACUUUGAAGAUGAUGGCAUUAAGAAAGCCCACAUAGAGAAGGAUUUUAUUGCAUUCUGCUCUUCAACACCAGAUAAUGUUUCCUGGAGACACCCUGUUCGUGGCUCUCUUUUCAUCCUGGAGCUUAUCAAGAACAUGCGAGAGUAUGCCUGGUCCUGUGACCUGGAGGAAAUCUUCCGAAAGGUUCGAUUUUCAUUUGAACAACCAGAAUGUAGGGCACAGAUGCCCACUACUGAAAGGGUAACUUUGACAAGAUGUUUCUACCUCUUCCCAGGACAUUAAAAAGCCAGGACUUCUGUCAUUUUGCCUGAUUUUGGAUCUGUUAAU